AUGACCGACGAUAUAAUAUUCGAGGCGCUCUGUGUUGAAUUGAGAGCUCCUGGUACUCGGGAGAUUCCACCCAGAGAACCUAUACUAAGUAAUGCUGACGGGGACCUGGGUGUAAAGUUUCGAAAAGUGGACCAAGGUUUUAGGCAAGUGGCGCGGAUUAUCGAAUCAGAUCCUCGCCUUUCAUCACUAUUACAGUCUACAAGACUUCAAGCGAUGCUUGAUACUAUAUCCGAGCAAUUAAACUCCUGUCAGUCAGCAUUAAAUGAUUACAUUGAUGAUAAACGUUCAACUUUUCCAAGAUUGUAUUUUUUGAGUGACGAUGAUCUGCUGGAGCUACUGGGUCAAGCACGAGCGGGAGCUGAGGGUAGCGAAACAGUAAUGCAGUCUCAUUUGAAAAAGUUGUUUCCUGGCAUCACUGGCGUGCAUCUCGGCCCAGGAGGCCUGUCGGUCACGUCUCUCUGUAGCCAUUUUGGAGAAACGUUUCAAUUAGACCAUCCCGUUGAUAUCGACUGCUCUGUUGAGGUUUGGCUGAAAAAUUUAGAACAAGAAGUACGUUCAUCGCUGAAGAACAUGGCAUUAAAAUGCUUGGUGGCAAAUUCUUUGCAAGAUCAAGAUCCAUUUUCGCUUCCGACGCAAAUAUUAUGCUUAGCGCAAAAUAUUAGAUUCUCUGAACAAGCAGAGAGGGCUAUUACGUCCAAAGAACUUCACAAGUUAAAAGAUAUUAUUGAAAAAGAAAACUUGUAUUACGCAGCAGCCGAAACCGAAGAUGAGUGUGAGAAAUAUAAAAAACAAGCUUUAAUAUUGCAGUGUGCAUAUUAUGUGUCGAUUGUGCAAAGUUUAAUUAAAAAUAAUGUUGUGACAACUAGUGAUUGGAUUUGGCAGAAACAACUCAGAUUCUACCUACAAAACAAUACAGAAGUCGUAGCUAAAAUGGGCUUAGCUCAGAUUUCAUACUCUUAUGAGUAUCUCGGCGUAAAUACUGGACAAUUCGUGAGAACGGAAACGACGGAUGAAAGCUUUCUUAUUUUGACUCAGUCCUUACACCUGGGGUUAGUGGGAAAUCCUAUCGGGCCCGCUGGAACAGGCAAAACGGAAUCGGUUAAAGCAUUAGGAUGUUUAUUUGGCCGACUGGUUUUAGUCUUUAACUGUGAUGAAGCAAUGGAUGCCGAAUGCAUGGGCCGGCUGCUGACCGGGGUCGCGCUGUGCGGUGCGUGGGGGUGCUUCGAUGAGUUCAACCGUCUGUCGGCCGCCACACUCGCCGCCGUGUCGCACCAGUUUGCCUCGCUGCUGGCCGCCACGCGCCGCGUCGACCCGAACGGCGCCGGCGACCGCACGGCGCUUCUCAAUGGCAAACAGGUGAUCGUGUCGGAAUGGUGUGGCGUGGCGGCGACUAUGAACCCGGUGACCCGUGGCUAUGGCGGGCGACGCUCGCUGCCCCCUGCGCUGCAACACGCGCUGCGCCCGCUCGCCCUGCGGCCGCCGCCGCGCGCCGAGCUGGCGGCGCGCUUGCUGGCCGCGUAUGCCGCGCAGCCGCACCUGCAGCCGGAGCGCCUCGCCGACGACUUAGACGCAGUCUUCACGCUAGCUAGCACGCUGCUGAGCGCGCAGCGGCACUACGACUGGGGCCUGCGCGCGCUGAAGGCGGCGGUGGGCAGCUGCGGCGCGGGGCUGCGCGGCGCCGGCGGGGCGGGCGGCGCGCGCGCGGCGCUGCGCGACGUGCUGCGCCUCAACAACCUGUCCAAACUCACGCGCCACGACGCGGACUGGUCAGCGCUCUCUCGGCCUCGUUUGGUGAAUAAUCCAAUUUGA